UCGACAUUUACUCUUGCCUCUGCAAAGAACUUAACCAACUCCCAAAACAGCAACAUGGCAUUCAAGUUUGUUUUCGCACUCGCCUUCGUCGCGGUGGCCAGCGCUGGCUACGUGCCCGCUGCUCCAGUUGCCACCUACGGCGCCCCCGUGGCUGUGGCCCAGAAGGUGGUGGUCAAGUCCGACGAGACCUACGAUCCCCAUCCCCAGUACCGUUUCUCGUACGGCGUCGACGAUAAGCUGACUGGCGACUCCAAGGGCCAGGUGGAGGAGCGCGAYGGCGAUGUGGUCCGCGGCGAGUACUCGCUGGUGGAUGCYGAUGGCUACAAGCGCACCGUCCAGUACACCGCCGAUCCCAUCAACGGCUUCAACGCUGUGGUCAACCGCGAACCCCUCGUCAAGGCCGUCGCCGCCGCCCCAGUUGCCCACUAUGCUGCCCCUGCUGUCGUCAAGACUGUCGCCCCCGCUUACCACACCUAUGCUGCCCCUGCUCCAGUCGCCCACUAUGCUGCUCCAGCUGUCCACUAUGCUGCUCCUGCUGUGGUCAAGACCGUCGCUCCAGUUGUUCACUACGCUGCUCCUGCUGCCCACUACGCGACCUACUCCGCGCCGUCCGUCACCUACCAUCACUAAAGUCUCAAGAGCUUGUUGCUGUUUGAUAUGGUACCGUUGUUCGUUUUA